AUGAAGUAUUAUGAUGGAGCACAGCUUAUGUUUAUCACUGUUGAUUUUUCAUGGUUAGAUCAGUGGGUUAUAAUUCCUACCUGGAAUUUUAUUCUGCCAAAAGGGUUUGAAGGCAGCUGUUAUCUUGAAAUAUCAGACAGGUGUUUGCCUAUGGAAAUGUUACAAGAGAGUCACUCAAAUAUGAAAGGAUUGCAAGGUAGCAAUAAUGCGUACUCUGUAUUUGCGGCAACAAAUAAGACAAAGUUUUAUAAGAUACGUAAAGAAGACUGCAAAGAAAUUACGAUUAAGAGAUUGGAAACUAGGUAUUUGUGUAAAGGAAAUAUUGAUGUUCCAAAUACAGAUACACCAUGUGAUGAUAAAAUUACAGAAUGUCAUAGUGAUCCACCACCUUGUAGUCAUGGUGAUAGUGAGUCGCCAGGCCCGUCCUACAGUCAUACUAGUAGUGUUAGUGGAAGUGUACAGCGGGAAUCAUUGUGUUCAUAUAAAGGAACCAUUACAGAAGUGGUUAAUUCUGAGGCUGGUGUGUAUGACCUUGACAGUAAAGUGCGGUUAUAUAUUGGUUAUCAACCAUGUCCAAACCAAGGUAGAGGAAUGAGAGUCGGCGUCAAAGUUGAGAUUCUCAAUGCUCAUUUGAAAGUUUACAAAAUGUUUAUCACUGUUGAUUUUUCAUGGUUAGAUCAGUGGGUUAUAAUUCCUACCUGGAAUUUUAUUCUGCCAAAAGGGUUUGAAGGCAGCUGUUAUCUUGAAAUAUCAGACAGGUGUUUGCCUAUGGAAAUGUUACAAGAGAGUCACUCAAAUAUGAAAGGAUUGCAAGUAAUCUCCACCACACUAGCACUGCGUAUCCUUGACAACAGAAAUAAUUAUAAUCUUACUAGGAGUGUUACAUUACAUGGUGAAAUUACUGCACUCAGUCCAGUACACAGAAAGCCAGAUUCUGUGGUGUUUUUCGUAGAACUCACCUCCCAGGAGACAGAAGACAGAGUUUCAUUGGUUCUUAAGGGUAUCCAAUUUUCACAUUGGUAUCAUUUUCUGCGAUUGAAAGAAGAGUUUGCAUUCACCAAUGCUGUUCCUACUACAGUCAGUAAGGGUAGCAAUAAUGCGUACUCUGUAUUUGCGGCAACAAAUAAGACAAAGUUUUAUAAGAUACGUAAAGAAGACUGCAAAGAAAUUACGAUUAAGAGAUUGGAAACUAGGUAUUUGUGUAAAGGAAAUAUUGAUGUUCCAAAUACAGAUACACCAUGUGAUGAUAAAAUUACAGAAUGUCAUAGUGAUCCACCACCUUGUAGUCAUGGUGAUAGUGAGUCGCCAGGCCCAUCCUACAGUCAUACUAGUAGUGUUAGUGGAAGUGUACAGCGGGAAUCAUUGUGUUCAUAUAAAGGAACCAUUACAGAAGUGGUUAAUUCUGAGGCUGGUGUGUAUGACCUUGACAGUAAAGUGCGGUUAUAUAUUGGUUAUCAACCAUGUCCAAACCAAGGUAGAGGAAUGAGAGUCGGCGUCAAAGUUGAGAUUCUCAAUGCUCAUUUGAAAGUUUACAAAAUGAUUCCCAGGAUUCGACUGUGUUGUUGUACUCCCAGUACUGUUCUCAUUACAGAGUUCUCACCUUUACUGACAGCAUACAGGCCAUUUCUGACCAACACAAGCGUCUACAUGCACCUGUUGUACUCCAAUAAUCUUAGCCUUGUGUAUUAUCAAUGGCUGGUUGACAUGGCAAUCCAGAUGAAGAAGAAAUUUGUACCUCAAAUUUUGAGUGAAAAGCUGCUAAUGGGCAUGCAUAUACCAAAACACAACAAACCAGAGCAGAAUAUUCCUGGUGUCUUUUUUAAUAUAUUAAGAAUAGCAUCUCCAUCAGAUCAGAAACCAUUAUUACCGAAAUUAUCUCGUAAUAUAUAUGCUGAGUUUCUUGAUCCAAGACAUCCAUGCUCUGUGGUUGGAUCAGAUGCAGUUUCCAAGUCUGAUCUGUACACAAUUCCUACUAUGGCUGAACUUAAACAAAUGCUAGAAAAGAUGGCAUUUCGAGAAGAAAGCUGGAGACCUGUAGAUUUGUUAGUAUCGCAACAGACUACAAAUUUGAAUGAAGCGUUAUAUUGGCGCUAUGACCUCAUGGAACCUGCAGAUUUCAAACCGCCAUUGUUGCUCAUCGGUCACUUAGAAGUCUGUAAUAAGACCGGACUCUUGCAGUUAGUGGACCAGACUGGUUCUAUUGACUGUGUAAUUGCUGAUCUUGACGAUUCAGAUCACAGUCAUACCUGCGAUCCAACUUGCCUAUACCAGAACACUCAGUCACAGAAUCAAACAAGACGUUUCAACUGUCCAUAUGUAAAGUCUUGGUGUUUAGGUCAGCUACUUAGACUGAACAGAUACCAAGUUGUGGUAGAACGUUUUCUCAUCAGCAGCUUUCCGUCUGUAGAACAGUUGGGCUGCUCCAAGUACAUUGAAAAGUCACAAAUUCGUAGCUAUGUGCAGUUUUCUAUGUCUGAUGCAGUUAAUUUCCACAAGAAACUAAAUCGAGAUAAUGCUGGAUGUAAUGACACUGUAUCACUGAAGAGGAAGCGAGAAUACAACAAGAGCACAAUAUCUACUAGUGUAGAAAGACCAGAAACAAACCACACUGGCAUGAAACCAACAACUGAUGUCGUGCAGUUAUUUGUGGUCAAUGACAAACAAUUUCUGCAUGUGAAACCAGUGACUGUCAAUGGUGAGAAAUCCAUCCAGUUAUCUAGUAAUGUUGCUGUGACUCUUCUUGGAAUGCCAGAUAUUGUGUCUCGUAAGCAGGGUAUUGAGAGUAUAACAAAAGUUGAUACAGACAGAGACGCUGCAUCUAAUCCUAGCGGCAAUGCGAGAGAGUCUCGUCAUCAUGGAGAACAUUCUGUGCACAAGACUUCACUAGAGCACAAAGACUCACUUCCUGAGAGGCAAGCUGUGCUAGUUUUACAAGGGGAAACAAUAAAAUGGUAUCAUCUCCUUCAUAAUGGUCAACCGUAUGCCUUAAUAAUGCCCAGAUCACAG